AUGGGCGACCACCAAAAUCAGGCCACGGCCAACAUUGAAGAUCUUUCCAACAGGAUCGAGGGUCUGAAUAUCAGUGGUAAAAGAAUCAGAAGACGGUCUCGCAAGUCUCUUAACGGGGCCUUGCGCAGUUUCGACGAAACAGCUGUUAAUCUCCCAGACCGGGCAGACACCGUCGUCAAAUUGCUUCGUACUGAGGAAGAACUUAACAGAGGAGAUGCCGAGUCCAUCUGUCUAGCGCAUACCAGGGGUCUCCAGCUUGCUCAAGUCGCACGACUGCUUAUCGACUCUGCAAUCCCAGCUCUUGUCAGACAAGUCAUCUGCUCGGACUCCCAGACGUCAUUCGCCGUGGAUGACCUCCUUGAACAUUUCAAGAAACCAAUAGAAAACAUCACACAGAGAGUCAUCGAGACAUCAGGGAGUGAGGGCGUUCUACGGAAGAUUGCUCAGGAAUGUUAUCAUCAAGCUACAAGCCCUGCUGGUGAGCUUAAUCCUGAUGAUUAUCUUGCCACUAGCAAAUGGGCAGGGAGCAAGGCCAGAAGGGAAGAUUGGAUCAAAUUCUGGACCAGAUCGCUCUGUAACUGCCCCGGUGGCCCGACACUCUUUCAGCCCAAGGAGGACUCCGUCAUGAAGCCUCCAACUCAAACCCCACGGUACCUUUUCCGAGCUUGGGACAACAACAGCACGGGUGUCAACGGCGAAGAUGUUAUCGCCUCCAUACUUAACAAGGGCGACAAAGCAAAUCGCCACAAGAUUGAUAUUUUCUCAAUGGAUUACCAAAAGGCUUCGGAAAUGCUGCAUCAUCAUUUGAGCAAGAGUGCCUUUGGUAGCCUUGUGACGGACAAUCUUGUCUCGUGGAGCAGCUCUCUCAUGUUUGUGAUUCAGUAUGCCAACUGGAGAUUGUGCAACACAUGGCACAACCCCCAAGAUGAUAUUCGCAUAUGCGCUGUGGAUACAGCAAAGUUUCCGCUAGGUCAGUUCGCAAGAGAUAUGUGGCUGCUCAAGGCGUUUCGGAAUGCACAGUUCAGACCCGAGGAGUUGCAGAUCCGCAAACUAAGACUUGUUUUGACAGGCUUCGAUAACGGGGAAUACCUUUCUCAGGGAGUCCUUCACAUAAACGAGCGCUCUUGUACCUUGUCUUUGCGUGGUCUGAAAAAUGCUGGACUGUGGGAUUUAUAUCCUGAGUUCAACAUCAAUGAUGCAAAACAUGAUGCCGACGUCAGAACUCAGUGGACAAGUUAUGUUAAUUAUUUUCGUCAGGUAUGGCGAGUUGUACGGAAAACAACCAAGGCGGAGUUGCAAUGUGCCCUCAACCUUGCACUAAAAUGUUUCCCGGGCUUCGAUCAGGAUGAUAUGGCGUUGUUAUUACUGUCGUUCUGUGAACGUAAGCCGUCAUUUCAGAAUCCCUUUGCAGACUUACUACCUUCUGGGGAAGUUGAGGACAUUGGCUACAAGGAACCCGCUGAGGUGCAUCGAUACUCAACGCUGAGAAAUCGUAUGACACAAUUGAGCCUGGCGUCAGGAAAACGUGGCGUGGAACUGUUUGAGCAAUUGUACGAGAUGGAGGAGAUAAGAAAGGACUAA